GACUUUUUAAUCCAUCUCUUAUAAUUUGAAAUAUACUCUUGUCAAUAUUCAUAUGAAGCAACUGUUCCCUUGUCAAUCAAUUGAAGUAUUCAUCAAAUUGAGGUAUUGGACUGCUUUGAAUUGGAGAUGGAACAGUGGAUUCGAUGGAAGAUUCAAUGGUGGAUUUGAUGGAAGAUUUCAACAGUGUAUUCGAUGGAAGAUUUCAACGGCGGAUUCGAUGGAAGAUUCAACGGUGGAUUCGAUGGAAGAUUCAACGGCGGAUUCGAUGGAAGAUUCAACGGUGGAUUCGAUGGAAGAUUUCAACGGCGGAUUCGAUGGAAGAUUUCAACAGUGUAUUCGAUGGAAGAUUUCAACGGUGGAUUCGAUGGAAGAUUCAACGGUGGAUUCGAUGGAAGAUUUCAACGGCGGAUUCGAUGGAAGAUUUCAACAGUGUAUUCGAUGGAAGAUUCAACGGUGGAUUCGAUGGAAGAUUUCAACAGCGGAUUCGAUGGAAGAUUCAACAGUGUAUUCGAUGGAAGAUUCAACGUGUAUUCGAUGGAAGAUUCAACGGCGGAUUCGAUGGAAGAUUCAACAGUGAAUUUGAUGGAAGAUUUCAACAGUGUAUUCGAUGGAAGAUUCAAUGCCGGAUUCAAUGGAAGAUUCAACAGUGAAUUUGAUGGAAGAUUUCAACAGUGUAUUCAAUGGAAGAUUCAACAGCGGAUUCGAUGGAAGAUUUCAACAGUGUAUUUGAUGGAAGAUUUCAACGGCAGAUUUGAUGGAAGAUUUCAACAGUGGAUUUGAUGGAAGAUUCAACAG